AUGUGUCAACUUUCUAAAUUAUCUACUACAGAGUGGUCGCGUGGCGCGGCCCGGCGCGUGUCGCGCGACACGACUGUCUCGCGCUCUACUGAUGUCUUCCUGCUCUGUACAUAUAUCCCUACAGUAUUAGCUAAUUCCCCGACUGUACCUCCCCGCCCGUCCCGCGCGACCGCGCCGGCGCCCCGUCCCGCGCGUCCCGGCGCGAGUGAAGGCCGCGGCCGCGCCAAAUGUAUAAAUAGA